GAUUACGUAUGGGACACCUAUUGCGUCACCUAUGACUGAAAGGGGUACCUUGUUCCAAGUCCCCUCAGAUGAACCCAACUGCAUUAACCCUGAACUUGCAGAAAGCCUUUAUCUAUGAACAUAACGACAUAUUGACUGUGUAACACCUUUGUAAGGGCAUUGGAAUAUAUGCACCGCGGACCCGCGAAAAGGACUGCGCAUUUUCGUCUUCCGUUUGCGUAGGAGUGACUUGCUGUUUAACAGUAUGAAUUGUUACUGUGAAAUAACGCGAUAAUGGCUGAAUUGGAAGGCUCUGUAUAUAGCGAUGGAGCAAGACCGGUGGACCCACCAAGUGCUGCUCAAGAGGACGGCAAGGAAGACGUCCCAGAUGGAACAGGACGGCCUGUACGGCUGAAAUUGUUUGUGAAGGAAGAGGAUGAGCAGCCAAAGACUCUGGACCUGGACGUGCCUGAGGGCUGUGGCUAUGCAACACUUCACGGCAUCAUAUCCGAUACCAUCCUGGGCGCGGAGAGCGAGCGGUGGCGGCUAGUGAAGGAGGCGCGCACGCCGCAUCUUGGGCCCAAUGGAGGCGGCCACAUCGAAAUCACGCAGGAGUGGCAGAGCAAGGAGGCCGUGUUGCUGACUCACCCAGCGGACGACGCCUGCCCGGUGACGUCGCUGGAGCCGGGGGAGCUGAAGGGCAAUGCUGACGUGUACAGCCUGAUGCUGGGGCAGGUGGCUCGCACCCCCAUCACCUCUGCGCAGGACCUCGCCGGCUGGUGGUCCUCCCACCCGCAGCCCGGCGCGCAGCUCCUGUUCGCCGCCUGCGGCCGCCUGCUCGCCAAGCUGCGCGUGGCCCCCUGUGCCGCCGCCGCGCCGCCCACCGCCGCCAAGCUGGUUGCCGAGGGGCUGGCGGGGCUGCGGGAGCUGGCGGCGGACCGGCUGCACGGCAACCACCUGCCGCACAGGCUGCUGGAGGAGGGGCUGCUCACGGCACUGAGGUGGGAGCGGCACGUGCCCUCCAACCAGCCUGCCAUGCUGGCCAGCAUCCUAGAGUCGGCGACCGCAGCCACGUGGGCCCUGGUGUCGUACAGCGGACCCCGCAGCGCGUUGGUGGGGGCCGGCGUGGUUUCGGAGCUGGUUUCGGCGUUGCGUAAGGCCCACGAAUGGCGCCAAAAGGCGGUGGAGCGUGGCGAGGCGACCGCGGCUGCUGCGUCGGCGGAUCAGGAGGCCAGGACGGCAGCGGCGGUGGAGCAUCUGUCGGCAGCAGCAGCGGCGGCGGCGAAGCUAGAGAAAGGGGUGUCAGAGAUGUACUGCGAGGGUGCGGAGCUGGACACCGCGAUUAUGGCGUCUGAUGAGGCGGCGGAUGCAGCGAUGCGGGCCCUUCUUCCGGAUUGCAUCCCCAUCUCCCUGGCUAACUGCUACGCGGUGCCGCCGGGCGAGGUAUCCCUGGAAACCGCCAACCGCAUCGUCUACAACUGCCUGGGCGCGCUUGCCGUACUAGCUGUCGACUCCCGCGCGCGUUCCGCCUGCCUGGCGGUGAGCCCCAAGCUGGACUUCCUCGUCACGGCCGCAACCACCAGCUUCCCUUCACUGAAGGAGGAGCAACACGCGCUUGAAGUGGCAGCAUGGCGGCGCCGGCGUGACCGGCGUGUCGCUGCCGACGCUGCGGCCGAGGAGCGCUGGCGGCGCCGGCGGCUUGAACGGGAGGAGCGGCGAGUGAGGGCGGAGAUUGAGGCGAAGGAGCGGGCGGAGCGUGAGGCGGCGGAGGCGGCAGCGGCAGCAGCACUGGAGGCUGAGCUGGCGGCGGAGGCAGCGGCGCUGGCGGCGGAAGAUCCGGAGCUGGCGAUGUUGCUGCAGGCGCGGUCCGUUUCCCCAGUGCAGCCGGUGGCUAAGCAGCCGACGCCUCCAGGCAGUGAGCCCGCAUCCGCCAAGGGGACCGGGGACGGUGCGGAAGAGGGGGAGGAGGAGGAGCAGUGGCGGCCUCCGCCGACGCCUGUUGACCCCUACCCGUUCUACGAGGCGACGGCUCCAGAGGAUGAUGCGCAGGUGCAACAGGUCAUGGCGGCGGAGGCUCUGUACGCCAUGUUGGGUCGCGAGCGGGGUGUACGGCGCGCCUUUGCAGCUGCUGGCGGCGUCGCCGCGCUGGAACCGCUACUCUGCUCCGCUACUGACGGCGUUGUGUGUGCCGCUAUAAGCGCGAUAGCAGCGUACGGACGUGACGUCGGGCACGACCACACGUCAGGGCUAGAUAUGCUGGCGUCGGCUGCGCCGCCGCCACCGCCACCCCCGCCGCCGGAGGCGCCGGUUAAGCCGCCACCGCAAGCGGCGGGCGGCCGCCUGCGCAGUGUGUUACCGUCUGCUGCGCCACCGCCUCCCCCGAAGAAGAGGGACCCUGUGAUUGAGAAUGCGGGCAAGGUAGCAGCGUCCCUCCUGAAGGUGCUACCGGCAGUGUUGGAAGCGCUCUUGGGUCGGUACGCUGAUGGCUGCCGUACCGUUGGCGGCGUUGAGUUGGAAGCGGCGGGGUCACGGAGCAGUGGCAGCGGUGACGGGGAGGGCAGCGGCGACGGUGCGUUGGGUACGGUAAGCGGUACCGGCGACGGCGGCGGUACUGGCACCGGCAGCGGCGAUGGCGCGAAAUUGCAGGCUGGCCGCUUCGCCAGCCGGCAUCUGGCGAGUGGUGCGACGGCAGACGGCAGCGGUGGAUCGGCCAGCCCUCGGCCAUCGAUGACGGGGCAGCCAGCGGCGCUUUCACGCGCGGGCGGCAAGAGCGGCGUGGAACGCAGCGUCUCAUUCGCCCCGAAUCAUCCAGCGUCUGCGGCAGCCGUUCCGCCCGGGGCUCCCCCGCUGGCCCGCAGCCCCACGUUGACCUCCUCAGCAGCCCAGGAGACCCCCUCCCCGCGGGCUUCUCCUUCGCCGUCACCCACGCCAGCGGACCCUGCGCCAAAGCCACUGCCGCGACUCGUUUUCCCGCCGCAUUCCCUGUCGUACAUGAUUGAACUUGCGGCAACGGCGCUUUGGGCGGUUGUGGCAGCCGAACAGCGCUCGACGGAGAUCCGUGCCGCUGCCAUUGUAGCGGAGGCAGCGGCUGCUGCCGCCGAGGCCGCCGCAGCAGCUGCGGCAGCUGCGGCAGCUGCCGCCGCCGCUGCCGCCGCAGCGGCCGCCCGCACCUCGCAGGACGGAGAAUCCAUUAGCGGUGAGGCGGUGCGAAUGUCUUUUGGGUCGUCACCGAACCUCCUGAUACCUCCACCGUCACCCCUGCCAGCAGCCGCCAGGGCCGCUGCUGGCGGCGAUGCCGCUGCUGGCAACGGCGAAGCUAGCAACGACGCUGAUGCCAGUACGACACCCGUUACGACGGCUCUGGUUUUCCACAUGGCGCAGCUGGCAGUGGCUGCCGCCAGGCUGGUGCCUGCGGAGGUCGAGGAGCGGGUUGGUGCGGCCAGCAGCGGCGGCGGUGGUGGUGCCAGUCCCAUCCCUACCAUGUCCUCUGCAGAGGAAGCCGACGACGGUGACGUAACGGAUGCCGGCAGGAGCGCAUCUCGGGGCAGCGGCAGCAGCAAUAGCGGCAGCGGUGGCAGCAGCAGUGACGCUUCGCAGCCGCAUAGCCACAUGCUGGGGGCGCUGCAUGCGUUGCUUGGAUCGUUGACGGUUGUGCAGAGCAACACUCGCCUGGUGCGGUCCGAGUUCCGGGCGCUGCUGGCCAGACACGCGGCAUUGCGGCGGCUGUACGUUCAGAAGGAGCUGGCGGAGGAGGAGUUCCAAGCGCUGCUGGACGAGAUGGAGGCGGCACGCAAGCAGCCUGGCAGGUUCUUCUUCGAGGAAGAGGAGGAGGCGCGGCGCGAGGAGAAGCGCUCCAAGAUCCGGGCAGUGGAGGCCGACAUGCGCCGUGAACUGCGCGCUAUCGCCGCCGCGGAAGACAUGCUGCAAUCCUCCGCCGACGCUGCCGUAAGAGCCGUUAGCGCCACCCUGGCGCUUCUACCGUACGCCCCGCCGCCGCCAUCAGCGAAGCCGGGCGCCAAGGUAGCGGCAGGGGCAGGGGGGGUUCCGCUGCUCCCCCGCGGCCCCCUUCCGGCGGCUUUGGAGAACCAGCUGGGGCACUGCCAUGUGGUGGCGGCGGGGGUCAUACAGGCUAUGGCAACGACACUCCAGCCCGGCGCCGUAGACGCCGCGACCGCUGCUGCAUCGCAGCUCCAACGCAGCUUGGAGGCCGAUACCUCCAUCUCGGCUGUCGCCUCUGCCGCGGAUGCCGCUGCUGCAGCUGCUGCUCCGGCCGCUGACGGCUCCUCUGCCAAUGAGGCCCUGGCAGCAGCCACCGCCGCAGCGGCGCUGUUCCAGGGACCCUAUCGCGACAUCAUCCUGUCUAGCGGCGUGCUCGAAACCUUGCUGGCUGCCGCCGCUGCCAGGUACAAGAGCGCAACUGCCCCAGCCAUGAAGGCCAUCGCCGUCGAUGUGGCUGCAGCGUCUGCUGCCUCUGCGAAUGGCGGCGGCGGGGCAGCCAACGAAGGCGGAAACGGCUCUGGUUCGGUGGUACGGCCGUCCAUGGCCGGCCUGGGUAACAGCGGCAGUAGCGCAAACGUUACCAAUGCAGGCGGCAGUGGUACGGCAGCAACGCGAGCGGCACUGUACCGCCGGGCCUCAGCAACGUCCAUGUCGAGGCGCGGGAGCGACGGGCCCGUUCCGUCCGCCGCCAAUGGCGGAGCAGGUGCGGCUGGUAGCGGCAGUGGCAGCGGUAACGGUAACGGCAAUCGGAAUGGGCAGAGCACUUCUGGCGCUGGCGGCGGCAAUGUGACCCAAGGCGCAUCGCCGUCACGGCAGGGGCCUGCGCCGGCAACAGCAGCGGCAGCCAGCCACCACCAGCUUGAUACCGCGACGAGCGUGCUAAUGCAGGCCACCUCCUGCGCCCUCAUGCACCUUGUCUCCACAGAGAACGCGCUGCAGCCGCAACAGCUCGUCGCAGUCAUGUCGUACAUGCGUACGGCAUGCCACCACGCCCCCAGUGGCCCCUACCUCUCCGCCGCCUGCUACAGCCUCAGCCGGCACGUGGUCAACCGUCGCGGCAUGGUGGAGGGGGUGCGACCGCCCAAGAAGACAAGGAUGGGCCUGGCAGUGCCCGCGGCGCCCGCUGGUGCGACAGGGCAGGCGGCGACCACAUCCGGCUCCUCCGCCCCAGCCUCGGCUCCUGCACCCGCUCCCGCUCCCGCCCCGGCCCUAAGCCCCGCUGCUGCGGCCGCUGCAGCCGCAGCGGAAGCCGCUGCCAACGCGGCGCAGACGCUUGACAGCAGCGUGUGGGUGGAGGUCAUGAGCGUGCUGCUGCAGGGGGCCCUCACAAGGCUACGGAAGCCUCUGCAGCCGCCCCCGCCGCAGAUCAGUGAAUCCCAACAUAGCUCACCUGGUCCCAGCUCCUCUCCUGCCGCGGUUGGGGCUACGGCUGGGGCUGGCGGCGGCAGCGGUUCUGCGGCAGCGUACUCUGCUGCGGCUGCGGCUGCUGCUACGAGUCUCCGCAGCGGUCGCUUCCUGGUGAUGGCGCUGUGGCUGCUGCUGCGGCAGUGGGUGGUAGACAAGGUGAACCCGGUCAACAUGAUCUGCUCCGCGGAUGGGCUGUACGCGUCCGGCAACACCAGCUGGUGGAGCGUCCGCUUCCACGCCGACACCCCGCUAGAGCUGUCCCGAGAGGUCUUGGAGGCCCUGGGGCUGCUUGUCGACGCAUCCCAAGCCACCGCCGCCGCCGCCACCGCCACCGCAGCAGCAACCACCGCCGCCGCCCACCCUAGCGUCGGUGGCGCCCUCGACCCCAACCCCAGCCACCAGCACAGCACCACCACCAGCCGCAGUGCCGCUGGCGCCACGGAGGGCGAUGAGGCUGCUGCGCCCAGCCACGUGAGCCAUACUGCCGGCGUGGCUGCUCUCCGGCGUCUGGCGACCCGGUGCACCUGGAGCCUGAGCGCCUGCCACCCGGGGGUUGCGGGGGCGCUGGUGGAGCGCGGCUCGGGGCUGCUGGCGCUGGCGGCCAUGAGGGACGAGAGCGGCGCAGCGGACAGCGUACUGCAGGCCCUAUGUUGCGGCUACCUGGUGAUGCUUGCGUCUCGCUGCCCCGAGCUGCUGGUGCCGUUGGGCGGCCUGGAGGCGCUGUCGCUGUCGUUGGUGGCGCUGGUGGAGCGGGCGCUGGCGGCGGGGGGAGCGAGGGGAAGGGGCGCGGCGGGAAGCCCGACAACCGGCGAAGACCACCACCACCACCAUCCACAUUCCUGCAGCCCCCCCCGUCCUUCAACCGCCAACGCAAACCAUGCAGCUUCUUCCUCCAGAGCCGUACCCCCAGCCGCCGCUCCCCACCCGGCCGCCACGGACGGCCGCGGUGUGGAUGUUCCACUGCUAGAGGCGGCGGUGCGAGGUCUGGCCUUUUUGGCAGGUAACGGCCAUGAAGGGCGGGUGGCGGUGACGUCAUCCAGUGCCGUACGGCGGUUGGUGGCGGUGGUCCGCGCCGACAACGGAGCGCUGGCGGCUGUACGGCACCGCCGGAAGGCAGAGGGCACGCCCGCUGGGGUUCACCUGGAGGAGCUGAUUUGCCCGCUGCGGGCCAUUAAUGACCUACCCAUCAAGGUUGCGGCAGGGCAGGCUGCAUCGCUGGCUGCGUUGCAACAGCAGUUGCAGCACCAGUCGCCGGCUGGUGCUGGGGCCGCGGGUGCUGGGUCUUCCUCCCGACCGCCGUCUGCCGGGCCGGGAGCCCCGGGUGCCGCUGGUGGGAACUGCUGCAGUGGCAACACCAGGCCGGGGUCCGCAGCGCGACCUGUCUCCGCAUUCCGGGGUACGCCCGCCAACCGCCGGCCGCACUCCGCAGUGGCGGCUGCGGCAGAGGCGUCCUCCUCACCACGGGCAAGCUCCCCAAGGUCACAAGGCGCUGAUGCUUUCGGCGGCGGCGGAAACAGCGGUCAUGUGGACGAGGAACUCCUCGUAAUCUCCCGGCAGAGCGGCGACGCGGACGUGGGCCUUAUGGCGUUGUGGGCGCUGCUGAACCUCUCGAGCUACGAGCCCGCGCAGACGCGCAUCUGCCGCCACGGGCUGUACACGCUGAUGGCUGCCGUACAUGGGUCUGCGGACCCCGCCCGCUCCGCCGCCGCUCGCGCCAUCCUGACCAACAUCCAUUACCACCCGGGUAACGCCACGGUGCUGUACAAGGCGGAGCUGAAGCUCAAGUAUGCGGCGCUGCUGCGGCUGCUGGAGAAUGAAAAACAGGCAAAGGAAGCGCACGAGGCAGCUCUACGGCGCUACGCCGCAACCGCAAUGUCAGGUUCCUCAGCAGGCAGCACCGCCGGAGGGCCCAGCACUGCCGGCGCUGCUACCGAGGCUGCAGCCCCCAGUUCCGCCCCUAGCCGGCCGCUCAGCGCACGCAGCGGGCACAGCACCCCGCGGCAACUCCGCAGUGCUCGUCGCGGCGCCGCUGAGGUUGCACGACAGCAGCUGACGGCGCUGGCGGCGGCUAUCCGUUCUGGCAGCGGCGGUGGCGCAGCCGCUGGUGCUGCCACCUCCGCCACCCCCGCUGCCGCAGCCCGUGGCAGUACCACCGGGAACCUAGGUGCGCAGGGCAGCGCUGCGGCGGGACCAGUAGCUGGCCUGGCGGCUCCCGCGGGUCGCCCGAGCGGUGUUCCCCUGGGGGGCCCUGACGCACUCAUGUCAUCGCUGUCGGCGGCGCUGGCGUCCGGGAACGGGACGCCGGCUGAGGGCCCGUCAGUGGGCCCGUCAGUGCGUGGUAGCAUCUUUGGCGGCGGUGCCGGCCAGAGCCCUCGCCGCUCCGUCACGAUGCUGCCUGCCACCGGCGGCGGGGUGCCGACCAUGCCAACCCCGGCUAGCGCGGCGGCUUCGGUACAUCCGCUGGCUUCUGUCAUUGGGGCCGCUGCGCCCGUGACGGGUGCUACGGGGACGGGUGCCGCCGGUCCAGGCGGAACUGCUGCUGCUGGCGGCGGUGGUCAGGAAGAAGGCGCUAGCGCGGAAGCCGAUCCGUUGGACUCGCAGACCAUUGCAGCUCGUGUGCGGUUCCUGGAGUGGGUGCUGGACCCGAACGCCAUGUCAGGUAUUGAGGCCGCGCCCCCAUUCAACGCCGCAAAAGCCGACAUUGCGAGCCUGACACGGACUAGCGCUAACAGCGGAGCGGGCGGCGGGGCUGAGGGAGUGUCGGCCGCGGUUGCGGCGCUGGCGGCGGCGGUGGCUGCCGGGGGUGAGGUGGACAUGGUGGCGACGCUGACGUCGGACCCGGAGGAGAGGAACUGGCUGGACUCGGUAAUGCAGCUCGAGCAGCCUCCCGCUGCACGCCCCUCGGAGGAGCGGGAGGAUGCCAAGUCCGAGGCCGGCAGGUUCAUGCGCGGCGUGCUCAGCCGCUCCCUCGCGGGCGGGGCCAACAGCCUGUGGAAGGAGCACGCAGACGAAGCGGCCAACGGCGCGCCCGGCGGCGCUAACGGCAAAGCCACUAGCGGCGGAGGCGGAGGCCUGAACGCCCAGAGGCGGCUACUCAGCGGGCGGCCGCGGCCCGUCAGCGACUCUUCCUCAGCUGCCGGGGCCCCUAACAGACCAAGGUCGGCGUCCGUACAGCAAUCCCGGCCCGUUUCAGCGGCGGCGAACGCUGCCAGCGGUGAUCCGCGGCGGCCCACGUCCGCCCUACGUGGCUCCAUGCCUAGCACCUCGCUUGCAUGGCCGCCCGCCGCCAGGGCAUCCGCGCCGGCGCUGCCUGUCGGAUCUUUAACGCUGCAGCCCACAGCGGCGGCGACCUCGGCUCGCUUCGCUAACCUGUACGGCAGCGCACAACGGCAAACACCGCAGCCCCACCAGCCCCGGCGGCCGGGCAGUGAUGAUAGCGGUCGGCGGAGGUCUCGGUCGAGUGUUGCGCUGCAAGGGAAUCCCUGGGCGCCGCACAUCCUGCGGUUCGUGCAAGACCCGCCAUCAGCAGGUGGCCCCCCGCGUCGCGGCGAGCUGGCUGCCCGCAUGCUGACCGCGGUGGCGCCCGAGUACGUGAUGGAGGACCUGGCGGGGCUCACGGAGCGUCUGAUGGCCCUCACCACGGACCGCCGGGCGGAGGAGGAUGCGACUCGUGCGGCAGCGGACACGGCGCGAAUGCAGGACGAGGCGGCGCGGCGGCGGCACGGGGGUAAUGACAACCAGGAGGAGGAAGAGGAAUCCUACUUGUCGGUCCAUGAAGCGCCACCACUGGGGCCCCGGGGUGCCACGGCUGCGGGCGCCGUGCGCGGUGGCACACGAUUCGGCCGCUUCCAGGCGGUUGCACGAGCUGCGGGGGCCGCCAUCAGCCUCUUCCGAGUUGGCUCCGUGCGCUCUUCCGCGAGCUCCCGCAGCCUCGGAGGAAUGGGAGGGGAUGUGAGCUUUGGAACGGGCGCAGCCGCAGCUGCGGCGGCAGCGCGUGCAGCCCUUGCAAUCGCCGUCAGCCGCCGGGUGGAGACAGAGGACGCGGAGGGAGAUGAAGGGCCGGUCGAGCCGCGGGACACGCCGCUGCUCGUCUCUCUGCUGCCCCCAGCACUAGUUGGUUCAGGCGCAGGGGCAACGGCAGCGACAACAGCGCCGUCAGUGUCGCAUGACGAUGAUGGCGGGGCAGCAGCCUCCGUGGGGGGCUUCCAGUCGGAAAGCGGGACAGCCGCAGCUCCUACAUCGCCCUCCGUCAUCUCUGCGCCGCCCACCGUCAUUUCCGGCGGCGGACCGCUCACUGCCGUACCCUCAUCCUACCUCGCCGGAGGCGGCGCCGCCACCGGUCCCGGCGGUGUCGUCGCCGCAUCCCUCCUUAGCGCCUCUCAGGCCCCAUCGGGCUUGCCGUACGACAGCGCGAGCAGCCUCAUCGGCGCAACCUCGUAUGACACCAUCUCCACCGUCGACCCUACCCUUGCGCGCGCGCUGCAUAACCCCUCGGAGGUCUACCGCAAGCCGCACCUGGGCCUGGCCGCCCCGCCCGGCACCCGCAUCUCAACGCUGCGCUCCACCAAGCCCAACACCAGCGUGCUCGCCUCGCGGCCUGCCUCCGCCGUCACCGCAGGCAGCACGGCCAGCAGCACCGUAGGAGGCGGUGGGGCGGGCGGAUCAGUGGCGGGGGCUGGCAAGGGCGCAGCCGGAGGAGGAGGAGGAGGCGGUGUAGCAGGGGGAGGAGCUGGAGGGGGAAGUCCGGGAUCCACAAUCGGAGGGGUGUCCUCGCUGCUCAGCCGUACGGCAGCUGGCAUUGGGGACGCUUGCUCAUUGUUCCCAAUUGCUGACGAUGUGCCGCGCCCCGUGACGGUGCUAGCGGGCAGCGUAGCGGACCUUCUGGCCGCGAAGCAGGCUCGUGAGGCGGAUGCCGCCAACCGCCUCAUGAAGGCGGCCGCGGUGGGUGCGGCGGACGACGGAGCUGAGGGUGGCAGUGGAGCCUCGCCCCCAGGCGCUGCGGCAUCCCCGAGCAACCCCGCAGCCGCCGCCAGCAGCAGCGCCGGUAACAGCGGUGUUCGCACACCUCGCGGUGGGCGUGUAUCAGUAACGGGCGGCAGUCAGGGUGUGGGCGGCGCGAGACCAGAAUCCAGUCGGGUGGCGGCGUCAGGGACGCCCGGGGGCACGGUUCCGGGGAUCAAGGGAGGAUCAGGGGCAGGGGGAGCGAAGGGAGCGUUGCCGCAGUUGUCGUCACAGCAGCAACAGCAGCAGCAGCUAUCCCCACGGCCGCAAUCAACUCACCGGCAACAGCGGUCAUCCCAGGGCGAAGAGAAGCAACAGCAGCAGCCGCAGAAGCAGCAGAGGGAGAUAGGAGACGAUGCGGCGGAAGAGGAGGCUUCAGAUCCUGCUCUCGCGCUGUUCCGGCCGCAGCCUCUGUCGGUCUUGGUCGCCACGGGCGACGGCGGCACCGACCGACUGUACCGCUUCCCGCGCCUGCUGCUUCCCUCGGCGCAACACAUGUGCCUCUUCGAACACGUGGACGGCUGCCGCUUCUGUGGGGAGCUGUACGGCCACUACCUGCUGCCUAACGGCAUGCUAGCGCACUUUUACCUGGGGGACACGGUGGUCAAGGGGCACCGCGUGGACGUGACACCCGCGCCCGACAUUCCCUUCACGCCCUCCGAUUGGGUGUCUGAUGGCUUCCCCGCGUGUACGAGCCUGACAGACUGGGGCGCCUCCACACCGGCUCGUCUGCAGCAGCUGCACCCGGGGCUGCUGCUGGCGGCGCUGUGGUGCCCGCUGCCGAUCAUGGCGCCACAGCUAGUGCCGCACCAGCGGAAGCAGCUGGAGUGGGAUGCGAGCGGGCGGCAAUUGGAGAUGAGAAGCCUGGCUAUGGAGGUCCGUCUGCGCCUCGUUAGCCGCACGGAGACGCUGCAGGAGGUGGUGGAGCCCCCGCCACCGCCUCCACCGAAGCCAAAAAAGAAAAAGGCGCCCGGUGCCGGCUCUCCAAUGUACCGUUCGUCUGCGCUCAGGGGCUCAGCGGCCAAUGCCAGAGGAAUGGGCACCAGGUAAAGGAUAGGCACCGCUGUGACGGCCACCCUUUCAUUAGAGGACUGGCGUGUUAUCUUCGGUCUUCAUUUCUGGUGAGUAGGUUCCAGAGAUCAGGUUGCAGGAGGUUGCACAAGAAUCAUAAAUAGCUGACGUGUCGGUACUUUAGGUUGCAUAUUGGGUCAACACCGUUGGGGUAGUAGCGAUGCAGGCUUGACGUAUGUCGUUGGUUUUGGGCUUGCAUUACCGCUUAUACUUGUAGCUUUAGCUAUGACUAUAAGAGCUGACGUGUACUCGAGAAGUCUGAACCCCUGAUAGGACGUUUUGCGAACUAAUGCUCUCUUAGUGACGGUGAUGGUGAAUCAGGACUGUCAUUCCUGUUGUCACCCCAUCGUCCAAUUUUGCUUUACAUCACUAGAGACAUUUUUCAUGGCGUUUGUGUGAACUAGCAUGGUGUGUCAGGCCGUCUGCAAGGUUGUCUGUUGCUUGGUAGCACUGCCUGUUACAUUGUCCCCCUUAUUCAUGGAUUCUUGUGCCUAAUUAGAAAGCAUUAGAACCUAAACUUAGAAAUAGAAGGCAGG